GUAAUAUCCAAUGACAUAUGUCGCGCCUCAAUAAUUAAAAAAAAACAAAAAUUUCUCUUUUUGUGCAAUGCAUGUGGUGUUUUUGUUCUUGUUUCUAAAUGCAAAAUAUCAAUAAUAAAUAGUUUAUUUAUUAUUAAUAAUAAUAAAUAAAAUCAAGUGUAAUCAACGUUGAAUCAAAUGGAAGUUAAACAAGAAAUUGACGAGGAAAGGUGUAAAGUGGAAAUAGUUGAUGAGGCAGAUGAAGUUCUUUUGGAUGGCUGCAAAUAUGAAAUUAAAGAGGAAUCCAAUAGGCAAAGUACCCAGGACACAUAUGAUUCUUUUGACUUAAAAAAAUGUCCCAUAAAAACUGAAAUAGAACAUGGAAAUGAACUUGAUCAAUUUGAAGAAAACCAAGAAACUGAAAAAGAUAACAUUCCCUAUGCCUAAAUUUAUUAGUUUUCGAGAUAUUUUCAUUUUUCAAUGGACCAGUAGCGUGGCCACCCAAAUCACCAGAAUUUAAUAAACUGGACUGAUUUUUUUGAGGUUACGUUAAUAAUGAAGUUUAUAAAACACCUCCAACGACAAGGGAUAAGAUGAAAAGUAGAAUACAAAGUGUAUUUCGAUGUGUUAAUUUACAAAUGCUCUGUAGAGUAAGUAGCUCAUUCAAUGAUCGUUUUUAGGCAUACAUAACCCACAUAACAAUUUCAUGUUCUUAGUAGAUUCAUAGAACAUACUUUUCAGAAAAAGUAUAUACUGAGAAUAUGCGUAAUUACCAUUGCGAAUGUGCAGAGAAGAUACUAAGUAUAUACUACAUUACAGUACUUAAACGUCCUAUGUAUAUAUUAUUUAGAAUGUACUACCAUACUUCUUUUUAGUAUAUACCAAGAACAUACUUUUUAGAAGGUUCUAAGGAGCUGCUAUAAACCUUCUAUUUAUAUACUUACUUAGAAUGUACUAUCGCAAAUAUUUUUAGUAUAUGGGAAGAAUAUUCCAAGGAUAUGCUAUAUAUUUCUCAGAAGUAUGUUUUCAACAUCACCCAAUCUCAUCCUAGGUUCUAGUAAUAUAUUAUAUUUACAUAUUCUAAUUGCAUAUGAGAAUGUAGUUAUUACAUUCUACAAUAUUACAUAAAAAGUAAGUAUAAAAUAUAGGUACCUAUGUAUAAUAAAUAUUAUAUGGGUAAGUAGGUAUAUAUCGUCGGCUUACUGCCAAAACCAACUAACUCCACUUUUUGUCGAUUCUGAGUUAAGUACGCCUUUGUACUUAAUAAUUAUCAAAGAAUGUACUGAUGAAACCAGACACUUCAAAGCAGAUUUUAAAUGUCGGAAACAGAAGGGUCUCAAAACAACUAAUUCCAAUGAUGACACUUUUAUUCAGCCAAAAACAGAUAUGUGCAGUUGUCUGCACAUCUCUGUUUAAAUAAAAUAGUAUUUUAUCAUUUACAAUAUUCUAGUUCUGCCAAAACAAGACAAGUGCCUGAUUUGGAGGAGAGUGAUGUUCAAAGUUACUUAGAAGUUGACAACUUUGUACAGCCAAAACCCGACAAGUGCCGAAAAAAAAUGUUUUUUGUACUUUUUUUUAACUUUUACUUCAUUUUAAUAAUUUUUUAACAAAAUGUUUCGUUUAUAAUGUUAUUUAUUUUAAUAUUUUUCAGUCAUUAAAUCAUUUUUAAAUUCAAACGAUUUUUCAUUUCAAAUUAAAGUUUAAAACGUUGAUUCCUCAAAACUUUAAAAAGUGGAGUUAAUUGGUUUUGGCAGUAAGCCGACGAUAUAAAAUAUAAGUAAUAUAUUUAGUUAUUAUGUGCACAUCAAAAUAAAAAUGCUGCUUAUAUAUUAUAUAAUAGCCAAAUAUAUAUAAUAUGUAUGUAAAUUACUAAAAUUUAUAGGUAUCUAUAUACAUACUUUUACU